AUGUUCAGUCUUUAUCCUUAUUACAAGAAGUUCAACGAUAGUCAUCCCGUCAACGGUGGUCUUCCAGAGGUGGAAAACAAUAUUACUAAGCUGAUUCCCAACACAAACUUCAAUGGCUUAGCCGUUAUUGGCCUCAAGGAGUGGCGUCCUCGCUAUAACCAAAACAACUGGGGAGCCACACAAGUUUUUCGAAGACAAUUAAUUCGACUGGCAAGAACACAUCACUUCCUAUUAAAAGACGAAAAGAAAAUCAACGAAACCGCUGAGGAAGACUUCAAAGCAACUAAGUGAGU